AUGGCUGAUUGUCUUCCUGAAAGAGAUCAGGCUCUGGUCUUGCGACCUCUUAAAACAUGGAUGCCAGCGGCGAUAGCCAAUAUGCUAGCUAAUGUCAGAGGGGUUGUGACUAAAUAUAUGAAAUUUGUUGGUCCCGGACUGAUGGUGAGCGUAGCAUAUAUGGACCCGGGAAACUAUUCUACUGCUGUGGAAGCAGGUGCUACUAAUAGGUUUGCACUUCUAUUCGUCAUUCUGUUGUCAAAUAUCAUUGCCAUCUUUCUUCAGUCUCUCUGCAUCAAACUUGGUACCGUUACAGGUUUAGAUCUGUCGCGGGCCUGUCGCCGAUAUUUGCCGCGUUGGAUGAACUGGACCCUCUAUCUAUGUGCUGAAGCUGCUAUUAUCGCAACUGACGUUGCGGAGGUCAUCGGCUCUGCUGUGGCUUUGAACAUCCUCAUCAAGGUGCCUCUGCCCGCCGGCGUAGCAAUCACUGUGGUCGACGUAUUGUUUGUCAUGCUUGCUUAUAAACCCGGCAGUUCUUCCAUGAGGUUCGUCCGCUUUUUUGAAUUUGCCGUCGCAGCUCUAGUCUUGGGUGUUUGCAUCUGUUUUUGUGUUGAGCUUGCUUACAUCCCUCAUAUUUCCGUCCGGGAAGUGUUUCGGGGAUUUGCACCCUCCAAAGAAAUGUUCCAGAAUAAUGGUAUCUACAUUGCAACGUCUAUUCUUGGUGCUACUGUCAUGCCUCAUUCUCUUUUUCUGGGCUCUGGUCUAGUCCAGCCACGAUUGUUGGAGUACGAUGAACAGAACGGAAACUACUGUAAGCUUGCUUCGGUUGAAGCCCGCACCAUCGAUUCUUCUGCUAAGUCAUUGAGCGAAGAUGAAAAGAUUGAUCAAGGUUAUCUUAACUACAAACCCUCCAUGUCAGCUAUACGAUAUGCGCUCAAGUAUUCGAUCUCGGAGCUGGCCAUCACACUUUUCACUUUUGCCCUAUUUGUGAACAGUUCCAUUCUGAUUAUAUCAGGCUCCACGCUUUUCGGAUCAUCAGAGGCCGCGGGUGCUGAUCUGUAUACCAUCCAUGACCUCUUGUCAGAAACUUUGGCACCAGUGGUUGGAACUAUUUUUAUGCUUGCCCUACUGUUAAGUGGACAAUCUGCAGGAAUUGUAUGCACUAUCGCUGGUCAAAUAGUCAGUGAGGGGCAUAUCAAUUGGAAACUAAAACCUUGGAAGAGACGUGUCGCGACUAGGAUGAUAUCGAUUGUUCCCUGUCUGGCGAUAUCGUUAUCCAUUGGGCGGCCUGCACUAUCGAAAGCUUUGAACGCCUCGCAAGUUGUUUUAUCGUUACUGCUUCCAUUUUUAACGGCACCACUCAUCUACUUCACUUGUAGAAAAUCAGUUAUGAGAGUUGAGAAGCCCAAAACCGACAGUAGCAUUUCAACGCCAGACUCUAGUGUCGAGGAAAAUGGCGACAAUGGAUUUGUUGACAUGUCUAAUAAUUGGGCUACUUCCACCGUUUCGGUAUUGAUAUGGCUCUUCAUAUCUGUGCUCAACGUUUAUGCCAUUGUGCAGUUGGGCCUCUUGCAUGGUGACAUUAGCUAG